CGAAAGCUCAGUGCUUUAUAGUGCGCGACGUGACGUGGAUUGAUCCGACGAGAGGUUCCCAAACUUCGCUCGUCAUCCAGUCGAUUCACGUACCGGCCGAUCGCUUCGGCCAAGUAGCCUUUACCAAUAGAUCCCUUUACCUCUCCGGAGGUCCCUCGCGCGAUUUAUCCUUCCAUCUCGCUUCCCCUCCUUCCGAUGCCCUCUCCUCGUCUAUUCGACACUUUCUCUACGGGCUUUUCGAGAUUCCCGCGGGUAGGGCGCGGACAGGUAGGGCAGGAAGCAAGGAGCAGGGACACGAGCGGGAACGUACGGGCGCGAAGGAGCAGAGGCGACGGAGCAGUGGAGCACGAGACGCAUAAAGCGAGCGGAGGCGCGCGCGUACGCGACGUCGCGUCGCGCGAGGGCUGAGCGAGUGGUCGAGCAGCGCGUGGUGCGACGAGGAGGCCGAGAGAGCGCGGUAUGGAGACCCUGGAGUCGAGCCGCAUGUGCCGCCUGUGCGGCCAGCAGUCGGGCAUCUCCAUCAACAUCUUCGACGAGAGCGAGAAUCACGUCAAGAAGAUCAACGCCGUGCUGCCGAUCAUGGUGCACGAGAUGGACCUACUGCCGAAGCAGAUGUGCCACCGGUGUAGUUACAAGCUGGAAGAGUUUCACAAGUUCUAUGUGGACUGCCUGAAGACGGAUGCGACGCUCAAAAGUCAGUUAUCAUGGAUGCGAAAGGAUCGGGACAAGGAGAAGAUCGGCGUGCCGAUGGUGCACAUUGAGAACAUGAAGAUCAAGGCAGAAUCGCUCGAUUACGACGUAUACGAGUUGGAGCCGCUGAUAGAGAACAUGGAAUAUAUCAAUUCGAUGGCACUUCCUGCCGGCGGAAUUCACAAUGGAUUAACAUAUGCGACCCUCUCGCGUUAUCGAUGUUGCUGUGAUAAGAAGGACCAAAGUAGAGCAAAAAAAACUACGGCGGGAUUCUGUCAGAAUUAUAGAGAAUCCAUAUUUAAGUGCGGCGAGAUCGCGAAUGACUCGCGGAAGAGGACUCUUGUGGACGCUACCCCCAAAUUAAGACCGAUGAAGAAAAAUACUUUUACGCAAGCGGAGUUUCCAGAUUGCCCGCAGAAUCACUUGUUGUGCGUUGAUGCGGUCGAGAACGCGCAAGAUCGUUUGACCGCAGAUACGAACACCAAAGAUGCAUCUUCUCUGAAUACGCGAAACUGUUCUUACGAUAAACUCGAAACGAUUCCUAAAAAUCCAGCAGUUUCGAGAAGCACGAUAGUGCGGAAUUUGAGACCUAGGAUAAAUUUGGUGAACUAUGCGUCGAACAAAAAAACGAUAGUGCACAAUUUGAGACCCAGGAAUACUCUGGUCAACUAUACGUCGAAGAAAAGGAAAACGUCGAUUGAUGCUAAUUCGGGACCAUCUAUUAUAGCAAGCAACUCGGAAAUUUCUAAUUCGAAAGCUACAUUUGCAUCUAAUUUUAAGUUAACUAGACAGAUCAAGGUAGAACAAAUAGAUGAGAUGGAAGGGCGCAGUUUAAGACCAAGAAGAACCGUCGUGGAUUACCAAGAACCGAAAAUGAGAAAGGUAUCAGAUCACCGCACGAAGAGACGCAAGAUGGAAGACGCGGAGCAGAAUUCGAAGCCGCAUUCGAAAAAUGAAAAUGCAUCUUCGAAUAAAUUUGUUCUGAAGCUCAAGAUAAAGCAGGAAGUUUUGGAUGAUCUGGAAGACACGGUGCUCAGUGAAAUGACCAACGCGAUACCCCGAUUACCGAAUAACUCGCUUGCUAAUUUACCCGCAAAGGUCGAAGCAGUGACAAGCGAUAACGAUGUCAGUUCGCGAGAUGACAUGUCAGAUUACUUCAAGUCGAAUCAUCCACAAUUACGAAAUAAGUUUCAACUAGCCAAGCAAAAGUCGUUGUCCAACAUUAUGAAGAACAAGCUAACGAAGACGAAGAAGAUCUAUCGAUUGCCAGCAGCGAACUAUUCACCAAAAUGUCUGAGGAGCCAGGAUGCUUUUCUGAGAAAUGGCAAGGCGAGAAAAAAAGAUUACAUAGAAUGGCCGGUGAAGAAGUUACAAACGAGAAAAUUGAUGGACAUGGUCAAUAAAAGCACGAAGCCAGCGGUGGUGAAACUGGCCGAGACCAUUAAACACUAUUGCGAGACGUGCAACGUCAGCUUCGCGAAUAAGGAAUUAUUCAAACUACAUAGGUGCUACUACGAUUGAUCUUUUUUCACGUAGCUGAAUUCUCGUAAAAUACAAAAUUCACGAGUCAUUUAAGGGAUAUUUAAAAGAGUACGAAAAAGUAUGAAAAUCUUUUAGAUAUCUUCUAUAUAUGAGGGACAUUCGAGAGACAUAUUUCGAUUAUAUAAAAAAAUAAUUAAGGUAUCAUUUAUCUUUAGUUAUAUGAAAAUUUAUUUCUAUUUGCUAAUUGUUUUGAUGAUUUCUUUUGUGACUUCCGGAUGUACUGCUUUUAAAAUGAUAUAAACACGCUUUGUCUAAAUUUAAUAUGAUAUUCUAUAUAACGAUAACGAUAACGAGACGAAAUUCUUAUUUAUGAGUUUG